CCAUCACUUCUUACUUCUUCAUCAUCUAUCUCAACUCACAUCCUUUCUUCUACUUUGCUGCUCGAUCAACUCUAGACGCCCACUCGCACUCUCCAUCCCCAAACAUCCACCACAAUGCUCACCAAGGUCCUUGCCUUUGCCGUCCUCGCGGCCACUGCCCUCGCGCAGUACACGAUCAACACCCCCGCUGCCCUCACCGAGUGCCAGCCCUCGCUCAUCACCUGGGUCGGUGGCCAGGCCCCCUUCAUCCUCUCGGCCAUCCCCGCCGGCCAGACGGGCGCCGCCGCCAUCGCCAACAUUGCCGAGGGCAUCAACGCCAACCAGUUCUCGUGGACCGUCAACCUCCCCGUCAACACGGCGCUUACCCUCAAGCUCGUCGACGCGACUGGUAACACUGCCUACACCUCGCCCCUGACCGUCUUCAAGGGCUCGUCGACCGCCUGCCUCACCGGCGGCGGUUCGAGCGGCGGCGCCUCGAGCGGUGCUCCUGCUGCCUCGUCGUCGGGUGCCCCCGCUGCCUCGUCGUCGGGCGCUCCUGCUGCCUCGUCGUCGGGCGCCCCCGCCGGCACCACCUCGAGCGGCGCUCCCGCCGGCACCAGCGCUGCCCCCGCCGCCUCGUCGGGCGGUGCCUCGGCUUCGGCUGGCGGUGCCACCACCUCGUCCGUCUCGCACGCCGCCUCGGGUUCGGGUGCCGCCUCGGGCUCUACCUCGGCCGCCCCCUCCGCCUCGGCCUCGAAGCCCUCGUCGGCCGCCCGCACCGCCGUCGCCGCCCUCCCCCUCGUCGCCGCCGGUGUCGCCGCCGCCUACUUCCUUUAAAGCGCCGGGAAGUAAAGCCUAGUUAUGGCUGGUUGGUGCUCGCUCGAGCUUGCAUAGCUACGCAACUGGACAUGUCCCCGCCUCGCCCUGCCCCCACCCUCCUUCCAUUCACGCUGUCAUUUACGACAGGCCAGAUCCAACAUUAAUCGUAAAUCUCUCUUUUGCUAUACUCUUCGUAACGUGACGUGCAGAGAUGUUCGCUGAGA